GAGCACAAAGAUCCUAACCUCUCUCUUCCUUUCCUGCGCUAAUCACCGAAAAAAAUCGGCAGAGCCGAUCUCUCCACUGCCGAUCACGCCGUGCACAGCCAUGGCUUCUACCUCGUCUGAUCCUAUGGAUCGUCUUCCUACGGGUCUCAAGUUGUUUGUACGGAAUCUCCAAUCUCUAACCCCGGUCAAGCUUGAUGACACCAAUUAUCCCUCUUGGUCGGCUACCGUACGUGCAAAUCUCCUCGCUCAUCGUCUUCUCGGCUACGUGGAUGGGUCUGAAUCGUCUCCUCCGUCCUUUGUCCUUGAUGAAAAGGCUGCGGCACCCGGCAAGGAUCAACCGCCGGUCAUGAAACCAAAUCCGGCCUAUGAAUCCUGGAAUAUUAUUGAUGUUCAGAUUCGGGCCUGUCUCCUUGCUAUUGUCUCACCCAUGGUUCAAACACAUAUUCAUGCUCUUCCCACCUCGGCUGCAAUCUGGAAUCAUCUAGAACAACGGUACAAUUCUCUUUCCCGAACUCAUAUUUUUCAACUGAAGGAGCGAUUACAUGGUGUUACAAAAGGGACCGAUUCGAUGCAAUCCUAUUUGGACACUGUUCUCUCGAUUGUGUCGUCUCUCAAAUUGGCUCAUGAAGAAAUUUCUGAACAAGAUGUUAUUCUCUGUGUUCUUCGUGGUCUACCGGCCGAUUAUGCCUCCCUCAAGCAAAAUAUCCGCACCAAUAUUGCCACUGUCACGUUUAAUCAGGUCUCCUCUUGGUUGCUGUCCGAAGAAUUGAACUUAUCUUUUGAGAAGAAAUUAUCUCUCGGUGACUCCGGCUCUACUUCGUCCGUUGACAUUCAUAAUGUUCUUUUCACUAAUUCCGGACGAGACAAUGGUAGAGGUCGUGGUCGAGGACCACCGCGAGGCCGUGGAGGGCCUUACCGCGACAGUCAACCCAGCGGCAGAGGAGGAGGGCAGCCGCAGUACCGUGACGACACCCGCGGCAGAGGAGGUGGCCGAGGGGUGUCCGUUACCUGCCAGUUGUGUGGAAAACCUGGCCAUGCGGUCUGGAAUUGUUGGCACCGCUACGACGAAUCAUACACUGGUCCACCGCAGGCAUAUUAUGCAAAUCAAUCCGCUGAGUCUGGUUCGAACUGGUACCUGGACACUGGUGGUCAACUCCGUCAAAGUCACUCCGUAUCAAUGGCACUGCCGUCUUGGUCAUCCCUCAGUUCAAGUUACUCAGUCCUUAUUGUCUCAAUUGGGGUUUAAGUUUCAACAUAUUGAUCAUUGUAAUUCAUGUUCUCUUGCUAAGUCCCAUAAACUCCCCUUCCCAGUGUCAGAUACUAAAACAUCUGCUCCGUU